AUGACUUGGCAAAGUCUGCUAGUGCUGGGCGUGUUGGGCUCUUUGCCCCUGGCCUCUUCAGUCCCUGCAGAAAUCCUUGCCCGUGCAACUUCGGCGGCGCCUACUCGAAGCCACCCAACUUCUCAGCCGCAUACGUCGUUUAUUGGGACACCCACCACUACCGGGGCGCUGACUGCUUCUUCUGUUGGCUCGGGUAUCCCUACGGGAAGCGUGGCCCCGGCGGCCACGUCCUACCCUAGUGAUGGCAAGCUUCAUAGUGCCCAGCCGGCGCCUUUUGUUCCUGCGGGAGGCGUCGGGACGAACGGAACGAUUCCUGUAUACAAUGCGAAAAGCGACUUUGACUAUGAAUCUUUGGCUCUCGCUUUGUAUCAAGAAUGGGUUGAACUCGAUCUGUUCCAGGACGCACUGAGGCGUUUCUCCGAGGCCGAUUUCAUGGCUGCAGGACUGACUACCGAUGACCGAGAGUUAAUUGCAUUUAUGGCUCAGCAGGAAGUCGGGCACGCAACCAUGCUCAGCAACAUCCUGGGAUCCAGUGCGCCGCAGCAGUGCAGCUAUGUCUACCCGUAUACAAGCGUGCAGGAGUUUAUCGACUUCGCCCAAAAGGUAACGCGGGCCGGCGAGGCCGGCGCCAACGGGUUCCUGGCUCACCUCGACUCCCGCGAAGCAGCCAUCCUGCUGACGCAGACCCUCACGACGGAAUCUCGGCAGCAGUUGAUCUUCCGCCAGUUCGAGGGCCUCUUCCCCAUGACCGAGUGGUUCGAGGUUGGAAUACCGCAAUCGUGGGCGUGGACGCUACUGGCACCGCUUAUCAGCUCCUGCCCUAAAAACCAGACCCGGUUGGCCUGGCAGAACUUCCCAGGGCUGCGGAUCCUCAACCAGCCCAGCCCGUCCAGCGCCAGCAACGGAAACAACGCUACCGGCCUGAACCAGACGACUCUGCCGGGUGUCAACUCGGCCAGAAUUCCUAGAGUUUCUGGGGUCGCCGCCUCGAGAGCCAACGCGACGUCGGCUGCGGGCGCCCAGUGCAGCCCCGCUGUUGCGACGCGCCGCCCUUCGCCGCUGUCCUUCCCGGGCCGCCAAGUGGCUCUGCAGUGGGAGGCGCCGGGCAAGCCGGUCGGCCCCAACAACAGCUACAUCACGACGACGCAGGCCCGCGGCGCCAAGUAUGUGGUGUGGGUGUCCCAGCUGAACGUGACCUAUACGCCGCUGCGCGUCAAUGGCAAUGGCAACGCUACCACCGGCAACACCACGAAUGGCAAUGCUACCAACGGAAACUUAACCAGUGGCUUCACCACUCAACCCGAUCUGGAGACCUUCCAGGGCGACCCGGCGGUCAACGGGACUCUGUUUAUUGCCAUCACCGAUGACGAUCCGUUUCUCACCCCGUUCAAUCUCAGCCUGAUCAAUACUCACGUGGUGGCGGGCCCUGCGUUGUACCAGGCCGGCUGA